UACCUUUUCUCGCAGCUUUCGCUUCUCAAUCCCCAAGCUUCGCGGUUUGCGCCUUCCCUUACACUCGUUUGUCACGGUCCCGUGACCUUUCAUCUAAUAAUGGCGCCCGUGAUAGCACAGAAGGCUUCAUGGCUCACAUGGCUGGUUGUGGGCCUCUCGGCAACAGCCCAGGCUCAAUUCUCCAGUGGAACGCGAACAAGCAGUUCUGCUUUUUGGACCGUUACUUCCCGCGUCGUGAAGUCGACUUCCACCUAUGGCUACACCUACACAUAUAUGACCUCCACCGAGACCGAUCUGUAUCGUACCACUGUCCUGCGCGAGGUCAAGUCAGGCGUCACACCCACCGCGACCCCCAUGUCGACCUCAUCCGGCUACGGUUCAUACUACGACGAUGUCGACGAAGUAUAUGCCAUUUAUGAAGCUGGUGCCGUGGCGGAAUCGGAUUUGGAGCCCGAUACCACGUCGUACUACACAUACACGCGAUCAUCAUCAUACAAGGACAUCACUUACAUUAUGCCCGUCACAUAUACUCAACCAGCAUCUUGCUCCUCUACCUCUUUUUCCGUCACCGGCGACAUCACGGCAUAUAUUCCAUCCAUCGUACAAGACCAGAUCACCCCAACAUCCAAAAUAACCACUAGAUCGACCGCAUACUACCUCUCUAGCACGUAUGAUGUCGAAACUUGGUUCUUGUCCGCCGGUGCCGCUCCGAGCACGAGCAAUUACUACUACAGCUCUUACGUCGCCGAGUGUUCCGCGCCACCACUCUCAAAAUGGCGCAGUGGCACUGGAAGUAGCGGUGGAGGCAGCUCCAGCUCCGACGAUGACAGUGGUCUCGAAUGGUGUAGCUGGUAUGGAUACUGCACGGGCAUCAAAAUCUGGAUCAUCAUCAUCGCAUCCAUCAUCCCCGGGCUCUUCGUCCUCGGCUUCAUCGAAAGUUACAUCUGGUUCCGGCGUCUCAUGCUCGGCAAAGGCGCUCUCCGCGGCGGCACCGUCUGCUGGGCCAUGAUCACCCUCAUCGUCCUCUGCUUCACCCGCUCCCAAAGCCGCCGCAGCGCAGAAGACCAGAAGCUCCUCCGCGAGAACUGGAACAAGACCAGCACCGGCCAAGCUCUCAAGCUCUGGUUCAAAUGGGGCUUCAAGCACCGCUACCCCGUCCCCCUUCUGGGCCAGUACUCGCGCAACACCGUCGGCAUCGUCCCAGAAGGCCAACCUCUCCCGCAAAUGGGCCAGUCAAACGUCGCAUACCCCGGCUUCCAACCCCAACCUGGAACCGGCCCUCAGCAGCCUCCCAACAUCAUCUACCACAACGGCCAGCCGUACUACUCGGGUGUGCCCCCAGGCUGGGUUCCUCCCCCCAACGCCGCAGAAGGCCAACACAUCCCUGCACCGGGAACUGCAUAUAUCCCCCCGCAGCACUACAGCGAGGCUUUCGCUCCCCAGGCCGCUGAUACAAAAGACCGCUCCGCGUUCUCCGUGAGCCCCGUACAGAACCCAGCUGUCGCUCAUCCCCCUCCUCCCCAACCGGGACACGUGGAGGCGCCUACGCCAGAGUCGCAUUCGAUGAUGUCCGGAGGUGCUGUUUCUCCCGUAUCUUCCGCGCCGCCGCCCGGUCCUCCGCCCGCUAAACCUACUUAA